AUGAAUCACCAUACAAGCUUGUGUAAUUCACGUCCAACAAACAACAUAAAACCAGUGAAUGAGGUAAACCAUAGAAACGGGAGUAGUAACUCAGCAAAUACGAACUUCCACGCGAAUUAUAACCAGAGCAGCAACCCGUCAAACCCGCCAUCGACAAACGUUCAACUCGUUAAUGAACUUCAUGAUACAGAAGAAGAUACUACCAUUUUGUAUUCUCAAUCGACAGAAUCGCGAUCAAAUGUACUUUUGAAAACCGCCGUAUCUCAAGUAGGCUCAAAUCAGCACUUUAUCGAUACGAAUAUUCUAUUUGACGAAGGAGCUCAAAGAUCGUUUUUGACGCAGAACUUAGCGAAUAAACUCAAUUUACAGAUAGAAGGAACAGAGAUAAUACAUUUAUCGGCAUUUGGAGGUGAAGAGAAAAACACGAGACACUUAGAAAAGACAACAAUCUAUCUGAAAACCGAUGCCGGACACGUAUUGCCAAUCAAAGUACUGAUAGUACCGAUGAUCGCCACGCCUUUACAUAAUCACAUACGUAAUAUUGAUACACAGAACGGUUAUUUACGUGGUUUGAAGUUAGCACACACGAUGACACAGCAAGAUUUGUUUGAUAUAUCCUUGCUUGUAGGUGCAGAUCACUACUGGGACAUUGUAGUAGACCAUAUUGUACGGGGAAACGGUCCGACCGCCGUGAAAUCCAAGAUCGGAUAUUUGCUUUCGGGACCUACAUACAGUACUAAAACUAACACAUCGAAAACUAACAUGUUUAAUGUUUUAAUAUCACACAAAGAUGAAGAAUACAAUUUAGAGAGAUUUUGGAAUUUAGAAUCAAUAGGUAUAAAUAGUAAGGAGUUAGACGAAGACGAAGACGACGAUACCUACAUAACAGCAUAUCAGGACAGAUCAAUUGAAUUCAGAGAAAAUAAGUAUUUCGCUAGGUUACCAUGGAAACAGGACCAUGAUGAAUUGCCUACAAAUUUAGCAGUCACGAAGAGAAGGACAGAAAACGUCAUUAAAAGACUUACCCAAAACCCGGAUAUGUUAAAGAAGUACGGGAACAUUAUACAAGAACAGGAACGAAGGGAGUUCAUAGAGAGAGUGGAUGAAACAGCUGAAACUCAAGGAAUAAUACACUAUAUUCCUCAUCAUCCAGUACAGAAGGAAUCAAGCACUACGCCUAUCCGAAUCGUUUAUGACUGCAGUUGCCGCCAGUCGCCUUAUUCGCCUAGUUUGAAUGACUGCCUCUUAGACACACCGCCGAAACUAAACGACCUGACAAAAAUUCUGAUGAGAUUUAGAGCCAACCCUGUCGCCAUUACAAUUGAUAUUGAAAAGGCCUUUUUACAUGUUGGCUUAAACGAAGAUGACCGAGACGCUACACGUUUCUUGUGGCUCAGUAACCCAUCAGACCCUACAAGUAAUCUACAGACUUACAGGUUCAAAUCCGUCCUUUUCGGAGCAACUUGUUCGCCGUUUAUGCUUAACGACACGAUACUGAAACAUUUACAUCGUUACAACAGUACAACAGCUACAUUGAUGGAAAGAGACUUGUACGUGGACAACAUUCUGACAAGUUUACAGAACGAGGAUGACGCUAAUACGUAUUAUAAGGAAGCGAGAACAAUGAUGAAGGAAGCCGGAUUCAACCUACGAUCGUGGACAUCGAACAGUGAAAAUAUACGCACGCUAGCCAAGACGGAAAAUGUACUAGAUAAGGACAUCAACACAAAAGUACUUGGUAUGUUAUCGAAUAGCAAAUCCGAUGAUCUGAUGUACCAGAAAUGUGAGAUUCAACUACGAGACAUUGUAACAAAAAAGGAGAUUUUGAAACAUUCUUCCAAAAUAUACGAUCCACUUGGAAUACUCAGCCCCGUCACAAUACGAACAAAGAUGCUCAUACAGGAUCUAUGGAAAAGUAAACUUGAUUGGGAUGAACCAGUUCCGGAAAACUUUAAGGCUACAUGGAUUAAUGUAGCUAGCGACUUAGAGAAAGCGACACAAAUCGUAUUUCCCAGAUAUUAUUUCUCCAGUAAUUCUACUUCGACACAAUUUGAACUUCACGUAUUUUGCGAUUCGAGUCCAAAAGCGUAUGGAGCGACUGCAUAUCUGAACAACGGUACCAAAACUACGUUAGUGAUGGCGAAAAGCAGAGUAGCGCCAGUGAAAAACCUAACAUUACCGCAAUUAGAACUUAUGGCCGCAGUUAUUGGAACUAGACUAGCGUCACAUGUAAAAUCGACUUUUGAAUGUUAA